AUGGCGGAACCGGCAGGGUCGUUUCAUGUGCUGCGAACCGGGACGGGCCGAUUCCUCUGCUUCUGCGGAUCCGACGGCGCUGUCUAUGUGACCGACGCGAUGGAGGUCUGGGCCGGGGAGCUCGGUGGCUGCCCGGCGCUCGGCUCUCGGUGUCCGCCGGAGGAGCACGGCGCGAUGCUCAGGGCCGCCCUGGGUCACGGCGCCGCCGCGCUGAGCCUGGGCCCGGGUUCGGCCGCGCUGCUGCUGCCGGAGGAGCCGCAGUGCCCGGCCCUGGCCCUCGCCCAGCUGCCCGCCGCCGAGGCGCGCAGCCAGCUGCAGGCGCUGCUCUUCGGCAUGGCCGGCUGCAUCGAGAGCCUGGAGAGGCGCCUGGAAGCAGUGGAGACGUUAGCAUCUUCCUGCAGCCCCGAGAAGAACGCUGCCCGGAGCCAGCAGCUCUUCCUGCCAGACCCCAGCCCCAGGAAGAGUAAGGCUUCUGGCUCAGCUUUGCCAGCCAAAAGGAAGGUACCGGGGGAGUCUCUCAUUAACCCUGGUUUCAAAAGCAAGAAGGCGCCAUCUGGAGUGAAUUUCGAGGACUCCUGAUGGGUGCUGUCCUGUGCCCUGAUGACAGCCCUAUGGACCCCUGUGUGUGAGCGAGGAGGUGUCCCUGUUGUUCUGGACCUGCUGAGUGCCUUGACCCAGGGAGACAACAGAGGCAGCAGUACCUGGUAGCCACCCCUCAAGUUUCCCCUUUGUGGGGAACAGAUGAAGCAGAGGGGACACCAGCAUGGUGGGUUUUUCCCCUGCAGCUCUUCCCUGCUGGCAGGGACCAGCUCCUGACCUCACUUACCAUAAACUGGUGGAGUUUCGAUAGAGCUUUGAUACUGUGGAAUGGAAAGAUCACCUGUGCUUUGCUUCUUGCCAGUAAAGGGGUUUU